UUAGAGAGAAUACAAAAUACCAGAAUAAGGUGAAAAGUUGUGUAAACACAAAAUUUAAAUUUAUAUAAUAUUAUUUAAAACAAAGUCUCGAUUGUACAUUGUCUCUCUAGUAACUAAAGUAAUAUUUGCAUUCUUUGAAUUAAAAAUUUUAGGAUAAAGAAGAUUUUGCCUAAAUAGUAAAAUUUAGUUUGUUUUUAUUCUCAAAAAGUGACAUACAGAAUAGGUCGUUGCAAAAAAUACUACAUUUUCUUUAUUUUCCACAUUUGUUUUACCGCGCUUUAUUAAUGGAGCUACAAGGCUAGUGUAUUGAAAAACAUAAGUCCAGAAGCAAAAAAAAAAAUGUCAUUGAAACCGAAGCGCGUGAAUUUCGACCAAACAUGGGAAGAACUGAAGGAGACGGUCAAGGAAGUCGUAACACUCAGCAAUGUUAAGCGUGAUAUAUGGAACAACCGUUUUGGAGAUGUGUACUCCAUAUGCGUGGCUUAUCCGGAACCAUUGGCGGAUAAAUUGUAUUCAGAGACAAAAAAUCUACUUGAAAGUCAUGUGGAAAACAUGCUCGUAACUAAAGUGGCUGCAGCGAUUCACUCACAAAGUAGUGAUGUGACUGAGUCCCUUCUCUGGAGGUAUUAUGAAGCGUGGUCUGAGUACAGUCGUGGUAUUGGAUAUCUCAAUUUUCUCUACAUGUACUUAAAUAUGCAACAUAUUAAGAAGAAGAAAUUAUCUGAGCCUGAAACUCUCUAUGCUAGCGUUUCUAGUGACAUUCAGGAACAAAUGGAAAUUGGUGAAUUAGGCUUAGAUAUUUGGCGUGUAAAGAUGAUUGAGUCUUUGGGUGAGGAAUUGGUGAAGCAGGUGUUAGACGGUAUCAAAGCCGAUCGGAUGGGUACUGAAACGAAUUCGCGUAAUGUUGAGGUAAUUCAUGGUGUCAUCCAGAGCUUUGUGCUCGUUCAGGAUUACAGGAAAAAAGGGAAUCUCAAGCUCUACCAGGACCUUUUCGAAAAACCAAUGUUGACAACAAGUGGAGAAUAUUAUCGCAGUGAGGCUGUGAAAAUCCUUCAAAAAUGUUCCGUAAGCAAAUACAUGGAAGAAGUGAUAAAAAAACUUGAUGAUGAAAGGAGGCGUGCUGAGAAAUUUUUGCAUCACAGUUCCAUUAUGAAGCUGAGGAAGGAAUGUCAGGAGAGAAUGGUGACAGACCACAUUGACUUCCUUUAUUCGGAAUGUAAAGAGAUGGUGGCUCAGGAAAGAAGAGAGGAUCUGAAAAAUAUGUACAUUUUGCUCAAACCAGUCCCCGAUGGGCUCAAGCAACUAAUACUCAUCUUCCUGGAUCACAUAAAAAACGAAGGCAAUGAAACGAUCUCCACACUCAAGGGUGACAAUAUUCAUAUUCAAUUUGUUGAAAAUAUGCUACAAGUCUACCAAAAGUACGAGGAACUUAUCAGUGAUACCUUCAGCUCUGGCCAUUCUGUCGAUCCGCUAUUUCUCAGCGCUUUAGACAAAGCAUGUGCUAGCGUAAUAAAUACAACUAUUCGUAUUGGAGAAAAGCAAAUGUGCCGAAGUGCUGAGCUUGUGGCCAGAUACUGUGAUAGUUUACUGAAAAAGUCUAAGUCUACAGAGAGUGAAAUCGACACAAAACUGACGAAGAGUAUCACUAUUUUCAAGUACAUUGAGGACAAGGAUGUUUACCAAAAAUUCUACAGUAGAAUGUUGGCAAAAAGGUUGAUCCAUGAGCAAUCAUUAAGCAUGGAUGCGGAAGAGGCUAUGAUAAAUCGUCUGAAGCAGGCAUGUGGGUACGAAUUCACCAAUAAACUCCACCGUAUGUUUACAGACAUUUCUGUGUCGGCAGACCUAAAUAAUAAAUUCAGCGUAUAUCUCAAAGAAAAUAAGGAAGAAAUAGGGAUAUCAUGUCAGAUAAAAAUUCUUCAAGCAGGAGCAUGGCCGCUUGGACCGACGCAAGUAGUUAUUCCCUUUGCCGUGCCACAAGAGUUUGAAAAAUCUAUUCGGAUGUUUGAAGCUUUUUACCAUACCAAUUUUAACGGGCGCAAGCUCACGUGGCUCCAUUACUUGUGUCAGGGCGAACUAAAGCUGGGCUACCUUAAAAAAUCUUACAUUGUUACUAUGCAAACAUACCAAAUGGCCAUUCUGUUGCUCUUUGAGUGUGUAGAUACCAUGAUGUGCAAAGAAAUCCAGGAAACACUGCAACUCAAUGCGGAUACCUUUCACAAGCACAUGCAGAGCCUGAUUGAGUCCAAGUUGCUCCUGGCUAAUAGUGACGAACUUAAAGAUGACACAGAGAUUCGAUUAAAUCUCGAUUACAGCAAUAAGAGAACAAAAUUCAAGAUAACAGCUGCACUGCAGAGAGAGACACCGCAAGAGGUAGAACAUACCAUGAAUGCUGUUGAUGAAGACAGGAAACUUUAUCUUCAGGCUGCCAUCGUAAGAAUCAUGAAAUCUCGCAAGAUCUUACGUCACAAUGCACUUGUUCAAGAGAUCUAUACUCAAUCUAAGGUGAGCUUUGCACCCAGUAUGCUGAUGAUUAAAAAGUGUAUAGAGUCUCUAAUUGAAAAGCAGUACAUUGAAAGAACGCCCAAUUCAACGGAUGAAUACAGUUAUGUGGCAUAGAUCUUAAUCAUAUGCUCUUUUAGCAGCAGAUUGAAUUCUUGACCUCAAAAAAACUAAAAACAAAAAAGUACAGUUGUUACGAAUCCUUUUUAUACAUAGCAGUGAAAAAAAAUAAGGAUCAUCAUAAAAUAAGGCACGUAAGAAUUCGGUAAUUAAUCGAAAUCACAGUUGAUGCUUCAAUUUGUGAAUACCUAUUAGACAAAAUUAUUAAAUAACGUUGAGAAAUCUUUAAAUAAUUUAUGCUCUUAUUUUCUAUAAAGAAGUUGCUUAACAUUCUUUACUAUCAUUUUUGUUUGUCUUUUCUUGAUAUAAAUUUCAAUUGUUAGAAUUAUAACACUAACCACUAAUCCAACAGAAAUUAUCAUCAUAGGAGUGAAGACUUUUUCAAUGUCCACGGGUACUACAGUCACACGUGAUGUAUAGCACUUAGGGCAUAGUGUAAACCAUUUUGUAUGUUCAUGUUGGAUGACCCCGCUCUCGGUUAACUGACGAGUUAACACGUUAAUUAAUUCUCGGUAUGGUGAAUUUUUUCCAACGACUGCACUUGCUUCUAAAGCUUUCCAAGAUAUGAUUUCCUAUGAGUAGUAGAAAAAACAUUUUAUGUAGAUCUAAUAAUAAAAUUUGGUCAGAAGACUUACUUGUAAA